UGCUAUCGAUAGUGGUGCAAUCGUUGUGUGCUGCCAGCACUAGUAAAAAAAAACAUUGGACAGCAGGAUUUUCCUAAAAUUUUCUAUUGUUUAUCAGUGCCACGCCCACGUGACUCCGUAACCAUGUCGUAUUUAGCCAACUUCAACAACGAGAAUGCCAAGCAAAUCCUAAUGGACAUCAUCCGGUGUGUGAAUCAGCCGGACAACUCGAAAAAGCUGUCGGAGGCCAAAGCCUCCGCUGGCAAGGAGAUGGUGCUAAUGUUGCAGCACGUAUUUCCGCUCGUGAUGAACCUGCAGCUGGAGGUGCUCAAAAGCCAUGGCUUUCCCGGAAACCGAGAGGGCCUCGUGCAGUUCUCACAGCUCAUACGGGAAAUGGAACGCGAGGAUAUGGAAAUUGCACGCCUGCGCAGUCAGAUUCGUGCCAUCUAUUUGCCGCCCAUAGCUAUAAAUACCACAAAUGAUAUUCUCAUUUAAUAGGCAGUGUAUUAGACCGCCCCGCUGCACCCAAGACUGUAUCUAGGCUUAAGUUAUCUUUCCACACAUAAAAGAGGAAAUUCUUGUUAUA